AGCUCAAAUAACAUGUAACCAGCAUUUCUCGUCCCUAGUCAAUUAAAACAUUUUCCUUGUUAGAAAUAUUGCUCGUAGAGAAGGGGAAAAGCAUCGAUCUAGCAUCUAAGUCACCAUGACAGAAGCACAGAGAAAAGAAGAAGAAAAGGAAAAGAAAAGAAAGAUGAAGAGAAUCGUUCUAGUGGUAAACUCCAUCCUCCUAGCAAUAGGCACUUCGGGUGGCCCAUUAGUAAUGCGUCUCUACUUCAUCAAUGGUGGCAACAGAAUCUGGCUCUCUUCCUUUCUCGAAACCGCUGCCUUCCCUAUCAUUCUCAUUCCCUUAACCAUAUCUCACAUCUAUCAUUAUCAUCGUCACGUCACCAAACCUAACCUUAUUUCUAUAAAAAUCUCUUUAUUCUUUUUCUCCGCCGUCAUCGGAAUCCUCACCGGCCUCGACGACUACCUCUACGCAUGUGGCAUAGCGCGUCUUCCCGUGUCCACUUCAUCGUUAAUUCAAGCUUCGCAUCUUGCUUUCACUGCAGUCUUUGCGUUCCUUUUGGUGAGGCAAAAGUUCAGUGCCUAUUCGGUGAACUCGAUCCUGUUGUUGAGCCUUGGAGCGGUGGUUUUGGCGUUGCGUUCCAGUGGGGACCGUCCGAGUGGUGAGUCGACUCGGGAGUAUGUGAUAGGUUUUGUAAUGAUAGUUGCUGCUGCGGCUUUGUAUGGGUUGGUUUUGCCGUUGAUGGAGUUGGUGUAUAAGAAGAGCAAGCAAGAUGUUACCUAUACUCUUGUCAUGGAGAUUCAGCUUGUUAUGUGCUUCUUUGCUACUUUGUUCUGCACUGUUGGGAUGAUCAUAAACAAUGACUUUCAGGUGAUUCCGCGAGAAGCGAGAGACUAUAAGCUUGGGGAAACCAAGUACUAUGUUGUGCUAGUGGGGAGUGCUAUAAUGUGGCAGUUUUUUUUCUUGGGAGCAAUAGGGGUUAUAUUUUGUGCCUCGUCUUUGUUUUCUGGUAUUAUAAUUGCUGCUUUUCUACCUGUGACGGAAGUCUUGGCUGUUAUUGUAUACAAAGAGAAUUUUCAAGCGGAGAAAGGGGUUGCUUUGGUGCUCUCUCUUUGGGGGUUUGUGUCCUACUUCUAUGGUGAGUUUAAACAAGACAGGAAAAAGAAAAAGAAUCGUUGCCCAGAAAGAGAGUUGCCUCUUAGUCUUCCUCCAAAUACAUGAUUGCAAGUAAAGUUGUCGUUAAUGGAUUUCACUAUCUUCUUUUGAGUUGAAUUGUCAAUAUUGAAGGCUAGCUUUGGCCCCAGCUAGAGAAAAACCACAAAAUGACAAAGCCAUUUCUCACCCUUUUGAGAUAUGGAUACAUCUGUCCAUGUCUUGAUUGAUGAUAGCAUUCCCCUGGUCAAUUUGUGCUUGGAAAUACCGGUUCUAUCAAUUGUAAUUUGUAUUGAUAAAUAUCAAACAAAGUCCUUGGUGUUUCCAAUUAAUAAAAAUACUGUUUUCGAAUUUGAUGUACUACUAAAGUAAAAUUAUUUACAUUUAUCCAGCAUGGAAUGAUGUUUUAACCCAUCG